AUGCAUCCAGAACUGAAGAACACAUGGACGCCCGCAAUCAAUAUCUUGACCUGGUUCAUGCUGGUGACAUCUACACUGAGUGUUUUGACUCGCCUGGGGACAAAAUUCUUCAUAUUUCGCAAAUUGACCAUUGAUGAUGGCUUUGCGGCGGCCUCUAUGGCCCUCUGUAUUGGGCAGUCUAUCGCCGUUUCACUCGCGACAGCCAACGGACUCGGGCAGCAUAAAAACAUGUUGUCUGAGCUCAGAAUCGAUAACAUGAUGAAGGCCGAAUAUGCUGCCACAAUUCUUUUCAUUGCCAGCAUCUCUUGUUCAAAGCUCUCGCUGUUGGUGUUCAUCCGCAAUUUGACCCCUGCCUCCUUGGAUCGUCGGGUCGCACUGGUAUUGGGGACUUUCAUCGGAUUAUGGGCUAUCGUCAGCAUAUUAACAGCCUCUUUCCAAUGCCAUCUACCGCAAACAUGGAACUACAUGGGCAGCACUUGCUUUGACCGAACUGCAUGGUGGAAUUAUCUCGGUGUCACGAAUAUACUAUCUGAAGGCGGCAUUAUAGCCCAAGCCUUGCUGGUCAUUAUCCGCAUCCAGACAGACGUGAGCCGAAAAGCCAGUCUGUCUAGUGUAUUCUUGAUCAGAAUUGUGGUCAUCAUUGCGAUCAUCUGCCAACUUGCAAACGGUAGUCAAACCCUCUCAUCUUCCGAUUCCACAUUUGAUACUUGGAAAACCGCCGUGUCUACCCAAAUGGCCCAGGCCUUGAGUAUUGUGACCGCAUGCUCCCCCCAGUUUAAGCCAGUCUUGGACAAUCUCCGAUCGUCUGGAAUGAGUCUGGAAAUGUCGAGCUCCAAUGGAUACGGCAGCAAACACAAGACGUAUGGCGCGAGCACGUUCAAGGCCUCUCGGCGCACCCACGACACUAGAAGCGACACACACGAGCUGGUGACCUUGCCCGGGACCCACCAAACUAUGGUGACUUCGACUCGGGAAGACGACUCCGAAAGCCAAUCUAGUCGGUCGAACAUAAUUGUGGAAACUCGGACUUGGACCGUGACCGAGGUACUGCGAGAUUGA